ACACAUUCCAAACCACUUUUCUGUGCUCGACGCGCUCCUUUCUCAUGAAGUCAUCUAAUACUAAUAUUAAGCCCUCUUUGCCUUUCCUGCACCGAUAACCACAUUGCUCUUCGUGCACCAAUAUCCUCUACUGUACAGACCACAACCUUUAAAUUUUAUCCCUAGAAUUUGUGCUCACGCACCAGCUUUGACUUUCUCUAACUACCGUGCGUUGCUAUUCCUAUUCCUAUUGUGUUGAAAAAAAGUUACAUGUUUUACGAACGAAGCCUGCUUUUUCUCUUGAACCACAUCCAUUCUAUGCUCGCAGAGGUUGUUGACUUCUAGACUCUUUCCCGGGCCAGCAGUCCCUGAGAGGACCACAGCCACACCAUCGUUAUCUCACGGAAAAUCAAAAACAUGUCGUCAACUAGUACGACAAACACGCCGCCUUCUUCUUCCGGCACAGACACCAAAACCAUGCUCCCGAAGCCGGGCACGGAAAUCUGCCGCGAGACGCUCCACGUCUUGGAUGCGAAUUUGAUCCGAAUCCAGGAGCGCAUGCUCAAGAUUCGGUGCGGCUUUUCCGAGGCGCUGGCGGACGAGGCGGCGGCGCUGCUCACGCUGAGUGGCAACAGCGUGGAUUUCAGCCACGACGGGGAGGCGGAAGACACCAUCGUGGUGCGCCCGCAGGACUGGAAGCCGCGCGAUGCGGCUGCACCAGGAGGGGAGAUUUAUGACGAAGGAGGUUUCGUCAGAGGUGCUCUAAGUAGCACGAGCAGCGCAAGCGCUGGUACAACCAGGUCCACUUCUUCUUCUUCAAAUUCUACUACGGCGCAGAGGACUAGCGAUGGGCACAGAAACACAACAAGCACAAGGGCUGGCGGGACGAGGAGCGGCUCUAGUACUACAAGCACUACCAGCACUACCACGACUUCACUUUCUGGAAUUCCUCCUGCCAGCCGGACUCGAACCAUGUUUCUGUUGGUGGAGCAGCAGAAGCUCCCACAAUACAACUCGGCCGCCGUAUUACAGUGAAAAGUGCCCCCCACCCCCAAAGUUGCAAAAAUUUGUGAUGCGAAGUUUCCAAAUGAAAACUUUUUGUCAUGCAUCAAAGAAGUACGAAUCUUUAUCUUUCUGAUGCAGAGUCUAGUCGUGUUUCGCAUCGCUUGCAUGACAAGCACCGCUCUUGCUGGGAUCUUUUGCAAUACAAAUUUUCGCUAUUUACCAUCGGAAAUCUGUGAUGCUGAUACAUGCAAGAGGGCGAAUGUUUCAUUUGGAAAGGUUUGCAAUACAAAUGCUUUCAAGUUCGGGGGUGGGGGCAUUUUUCAUUGUAAUACGCCGAAAACGCGACGGCGCUUCUGUCCGGGACCACGUCGAGAGUGGCGAGUCUGUAUGGCGUUCUCAACUGUUACACUCUCAGCUGUUACAUGGAUUUGUGACGCAAGAAUGGCAAAAGUGGAAGGGGUCACCUCGCGCGUCUUGCAUGACAGAUCUGGCAAAGAUUUUCAGCCUGUUUGGCUCUUCGAGAAUUUGUCAUGCGAAGCAGCUCGAUCGUGUCGAUUCUGAUUGUGGUUUUGCAUUACAAAUCAUGUAACAGUUGAGAAUGUAACAUUUGAGAACGCCAUAGCCUGAUGAGCCGGCUUUUGUUCUCGUCCUCGUCUACUUCCGCCGCUCCUGCGACGACCGGCGCAAGAACCGGGGAUGGCGCCGCGGAAGGAGGUGAAGGAGCCCAAGACAGCACGAACUCUUCCGCGAAGCAGGAUAAAGAUUCCCAGAAAGACCACAACAACGCGAAGCCCAAGGCGAGCUACAAUUUCGCCUCAGCCGCAUCGAGCUCGCAACUACACAACACCGAAAUUAUCCAGUUUGAGCCUGCCUGCGCAGCACGCGUGACUCUACACGGGUUUUUUGAUCAUCAUGACCAACAACUCGGGGCUGCGGCGGGGCAUAAGUCUUCUGCGGACGUGGGGCAAGUUUCUUCUGUUUCUUCUUCUUCCUUUGCAGCCUUUCCAGAGGCAGCUGCAACUAUCGAGGAGGAGUGGGAGAUUGUGAGCAAGGACGACGCUUUAGAGCAGUCGUCCUCUUCCUCAUCCGCGUCUACCUCGGCCGUGAAUAUUCAAAAAGCGGAGAACUACUUCAACGCCUCGAGUCUGGAAGAAAUCUUUCGUGACUACGAGUACGACUUUCCAAAGCCGGAUCAUGUUGUUGGCCAAACAACAAUGACCACGGGCGGGACUAAAAGUGGCAAAAACGGCACGAUCAACAUGAACAAGUCUAGGACAUCAAAUGUGAAACAGCAGAAAACCAUCAUCCUCGAAGACAUUUUCGUGCUGAAGCAUCUGAAGCAGGUCGGGCUGGAAUUCCGCCUGGUCAAUUUCCUCCAGGAUUUAGCGGAGGCGGAAAACGCAGAUCUCUGGAUGCUGUGCCGUUCGCAAACGGAGAAAGGGUAUUGGAAGUGGAAACUGAACUGCGCCGACCAGCAAUCGAAUUAUCACAACUCAGCGACAUCUUCUUUUCGUGGCAAAAAUGGUGCUCAACACAUGACGAAGAGCCUGACACUGCAACAACGCCACCUGUCGUCGUCGACGACACAGGUGACUGCAAGCGGUUCGUCCGCAGCUGGUACUCCUGCUGCGCCUUCGAAAAGUUCCUUUAGCUUGAGCAUCAACCUGCUAGGAUCAUCUUCAAACAACGGCCCAAGUGCGACUGCUGGUCGUGACGGAGCCUCUAGUACCCACGCUAUGAAAAACGCCACUUUCCCCUCGAUGCUCAACAGUAUCAUCGCGGAAAAUAGCAACCACAGUGUGCACAGGGGCGGGGUGCUGGGGAACCAUCAGAGCAGUGGUCUCACGCAAACAACGGUGACCGACCUCGUGGAAUCGGAAAUCCUGCAAAGUCGGCCAUUUGCGCUGUGUAUCCGCCGGCAUGUGGAGGAAGACGAGCUGCAGUUCGGCGCCUUUUGCAGUGCCACAUCGACCUCCUUCGCAGGCACUGGCUCAUGUGCGGUUGCGACUAAUGGAACAGCUUCUAGUACUCCAGGAGGCUCUCUGCAUUCCAGUGGCCGGAGUGCGGCUACAACUACUUCAAGCAGCUCUAACAGCACUUCUUCUAUCACCAGCUGGAUGAAGCAGACAAGCGCAAGUAGCACGGGCGGAAAAGCGAAUUCGAAUUCCCUGGGUUCAGCGCCACCUCUAGUGCCAACCACAACAAUCACGGCCACCGCAUCCUCCGGCAUCGCGGCGAACAGCAGCAUUCGAAAGGUGGUGACUUUUCCGAACAAGAAGGAAAAUUAUACAUCCAAUGCUGGUCAUCUAGCGCAAGUUUCGAACACCGCCUCCCGGACAGCAGCACCCGGACUGCACCAGCCCACGCAGAACAGCAUGCACAUCAACCAGGUUGCAAUGUUGAGCAGCAAUUUAGUUUCAGGAGCCCCCGCAGCUCCAGGAACGAAGAAGAACAACGUGGAGUUCGAAAUGAAGCCACUAUUUGGCAAGGCAACAACACCAACUGGUGCUCCAUCAGCAUCGGGCUCUUGUUCUUCAUCCUCAGACUCUUCUUCCUGGCCGCUGGAUCUGAUGAGCUCUUCUAUGUUUUUCGCGCCGAGAUUGCGUGCGGGAUGUGGAGUUGCAGCAGGAGCAAAUACUCCCACGACAGCACCAGCCGGUCUCCAGCACCAGGAGGUAGGGGGUGGAAGCUCCCGGGUCGGGAACACGACGACCAACGGGAGUACUGUCAGCACGAAGAAGGAGGACAAGACUCUGGCCCAACUGUUUUCGGAAGCUGGCGAUGUUGGCACCGAAAACUUUUUGAAUUUCGGCAGUUCAUCUUCUGUGAAGAAGCAGGAUAGUACAGCAGCUGAUGUUAAUACCAGGCAGCUGCAGGAGCGCAUCAACCCGAGGAACAACUUGGUCAACCUGAUCCUCCGCAGCUCCGACAACACGCCCCUGCUGACGUCCGCUACAACUUCUACAACAGGCGUAACUAAAAAUUCUGGUCGUGGGGGUGCAACGGAUCGCAUCCUUUUUCCGGCGCCCGCGAACAAAAUUGGAACGGCGGGACAAGCUGCUGCUGGACCAAGCAGCCAAGUUCAUCUCGGGGCAGCAGCUACAGUACCGGCAACGCAGCAGCAACACACGCCCCCGCUUUUCCCGACAACGGCUGUCCUCGGCGUGGAUCUGGUUCCCGUGCUGACAGCCGCGGCGGCGUCCGCGGCAACGACAGCACGCCGAGACUGCAACGCAUCUCAAUCUGGGGCAGACCAGCAGGACAAGAAAAAAACUGCUGCGGUUUCAUCUACAGGGGGGAAAAACAAAACCAAGACCGACUCGGAGACUGAGGUCGAGGAGCUGAUGACGGCGGUUGCCGCAAGCCUGUCGACGGCGGAACAAGAAGACGAAGAGCUGGCCGAGGCCAUUCGACUGAGCCUUCAAAUCAAGGACUCCAUUGUCUAA